AUGUCCAGCUUUACCCCAGAACCCACAGACGACUUGUCCAUUGCGACAAUCCGUACUUUGGCUGCAGAUGUUGUUGGAAAGGCGAACUCAGGCCAUCCUGGGGCACCCAUGGGUAUGGCUCCAGCAGCCCACGUCCUUUUCACUCGAUUUUUUAAUGCUAACCCCAAAAGUUCGAAAUGGUUUAAUCGCGAUCGAUUUGUGCUCUCUAAUGGUUGUGUUCUUCAAUACAUAUUACUCCAUCUUUUAGGGUAUAAGCUCUCCGUGGACGAUUUGAAGGCUUUCCGACAACUAGAUUCCCUCACCCCCGGCCACCCUGAGGCGGGACACACUGACGGUAUCGAGGUCACGACUGGACCUCUUGGCCAGGGCUUUGCCAAUGGUGUCGGGUUUGCUAUGGCACAGGCACAUCUCGGUGCGGUCUAUAAUCGCGAUGGAUUUGACUUGAUCAAUAAUUACACCUAUGUGUUCACUGGCGAUGGAUGUCUCAUGGAGGGCGUUGCUAGCGAGGCUGCUUCGCUUGCUGGCCACUUGCAGUUGGGAAAUUUAAUAGUGGUUUAUGAUGAUAACCAUAUUUCUAUCGAUGGAGAUACCGCCGUAGCCUUCACCGAGAAUGUCGAACAAAGAUUCCUGUCCUAUGGAUGGCAAGUACUUCAUGUCGAUAACGGUGAUAGUGAUUUGGCGGGCAUAUCUGAUGCCAUUACCCAAGGGCGUGCCGAAAAGAACAAGCCGACCAUCAUUCGCUUGAGAACAACCAUAGGGUAUGGUUCAAAACAGCAAGGUACCCACGGAGUACAUGGAUCCCCCCUUAAAGCCGAUGAUAUCCAGGCUCUCAAGUUGAAGGCCGGCUUCCCCCCGGACAAGACGUUCUAUAUUCCUAAGGAGACUUAUGACACCUAUAAAGUAGCUGCUUUACGCGGUGCUAAGCUCCAGUCGGAAUGGAUUUCCUUGCUCUCUGCCUACGAGAAACGGUACCCCAACGAACACGCAGAACUCGCACGCCGGAUUUCAGGCAAGUUGCCUGAUGGCUGGGAGCAGACUCUGCCGGUGUACAAACCAUCUGAUCCUGCGCAAGCAUCCCGCAAACUCUCGGAAAUUGUGUUGUCAGUUAUUACGCCCGGAAUCCCUGAUCUGAUCGGAGGAUCGGCAGAUUUGACUGGUAGCAAUUUGACAAAAGUCAAGGGUUCUACAGAUUUCCAACAUCCAAGCACAAACCUAGGUACAUACGCAGGAACAUAUAUCCGUUAUGGAGUUCGAGAACACGGUAUGGGCGCUAUCGCCAACGGUCUGUCUGCAUACGGUGGUAUCGUACCAUUCGUAGCUACAUUCUUGAACUUUGUAUCAUAUGCAGCCGGUGCUGUCAGGUUGUCAGCUCUCAGCAAGCACCAGGUAAUCUGGGUUGCAACUCACGACUCCAUUGGUCUUGGAGAAGACGGGCCUACGCAUCAGCCCAUUGAAACCGCAGUUCAUUUGCGUGCAAUUCCCAAUCUGGAUUUCUGGCGUCCAGCAGACGGUAAUGAGACCUCUGCUUCUUACCUCGUUGCUUUGCGAAGUAAGGAGACUCCCUCUGUUCUCUCUCUCUCUCGUCAGAACCUGCCCAAUCUUGAAGGCUCGACUAUUGAGCGGGCUUCACGCGGUGGUUAUGUCCUUCAUGAGGUAGAAGGUGAAGAUCUCACAAUCGUCAGCAGCGGUAGUGAAGUUAGCAUUGCACUUGAAGCUGCAGGUAAAUUGAAAGCAGAGGGCAUCAAAACAAGGAUUGUCAGCAUGCCUUGUUGGUCGGUCUUUGACAGCCAAGAUCAACAGUACAGGUUGAGCGUACUUCGUAGCGGGGCACCUAUCCUCUCUCUUGAAGCUCUCUCGACGACCGGAUGGCAAAAGUACAGCCAUGAGCAAUAUGGUCUUCCAGCGUGGGGCGCUUCCGGACCGUACCAGAAAGUUUAUGAGAAAUUUGGUAUUACUGGCACCAAUAUUGCCGCCGUUGGCAAAAAGGUAGUCCAAUUUUACAGGGAACAGGGUGUCAAAGUCAUAUCUCCCCUUGUCAAAGCGCUGUAGAUGAAAGCUUAGACCAGAAUCUUGGUUUCCCAUUGACAGGAAGCUUGAGUAAGCCCUUAGAAUAACGAAGAAACCACUGUAACAUCAUGUCAAAUUAGACGAAAUUCAAUUCACUACUUGAUGGCAUAU